AUGGCCGGGAAGAAGGCGCGUAAGAACGAGCAAUCGAGCCCCGCGCGCACUGAGCUGGAAGACGAGUGUGCUGCUCAGCUCAGGAGACUGGGAGACAAACGGAAUUUCCGGCAGAAACUUCUGAAUCUGAUAACCAAAUUCUUCUGCUCAGGAACCUGACUGCAACAAAAACUUGUGCAUAAGGGGACUCCUUCGAAAGGGAAGUUUCCCACAAUAGGUGCAAGUGGUACA